AUGAGUUCGUUAAGAGAUGAGAACAAAGACCUGAGAAAACAGAUCGGUUGCAUGAACGGCAUUUUACAACUCUUUGACCGCCACCAUUUGCUUACCGGGCGGCGUGUGGGCGGCCACCAACAUAAAAGGCUGCUUCAAGGUACACAACACCAACUGGAACCCCAGCAUGCAACCAGCGCCAUCACCGAAAAAGCUCGCGAGUCGCAUAAGGAGAAACCCAGAAACUCCACCGAAUCAUCCCGGGCCUCCUAUACAUCUUCCUGUACAUCCACAUUCUCAUCGUCCCUCGAUUUCAACGGAAUAGCCCAGCCUGAAACACUUCCACUCAGACAGAAAAAUAGACCCGAAAGCCCAUUCCCGAUCACGCCCACUAAAGAGUCACAAUCCCUCGACCUUCGUGAUGUAGUGAAAGAUUCAAUGUAUCGGGAAGCCCGUGGCUUGUCAAUCAAACCCCGAGCACCUAAAGAUGAAAAGAAAGGCACCGCGAUGAAGCAUGUAGACUCUCCCAGGCCCCCACCCCAAUCCAAACCCAAAACACCAAAACCGAACAUAAUAUCCGAAGGAUCCAGUCGAGUUCUUGCUGGGGCCCACGAAAUCACAAGAAUCUCAAAGGACGAGCGGCCGUCAAUUGGCCUUCCUCGUUUUUCUUACGACGGGAGAGAAUCGAGGGAUGGGCUCAGGUGGGCCGCGGCGAAGCACAAAGAACUCCCGAGGCUGUCGUUGGACAGCAAAGCUAGUUCCAUGAAGAAGUGUUCGGCCCACGAGUCGAGAAGGAAUUUCCUCGACCAGGACCCGCAUGUGGAGAACGAGAAUACCGGGCACAACCGGACAUCCAGCAUCGUGGCAAAGCUGAUGGGUCUUGAAAAUUUCCCGGACCCCACCACAGAUGAGAAUAGGACCCCAACAACAAAAUCAUGUCCUAAAGAAGAUAUCCUUGAGAACUCAUCCUUAACACCUCAAAAUCAAGCUAGUUAUUAUUCCCCUCGAUUUCCUCAAAACGACCCGGCCUCACCAUCCCCAAGAUUUCAUGGUGCAAAUUUUGUUAGGAAAACGAAUACGUGUUCAAGAAUUCCUAUUGAACCAGCUCCGUGGAGGCAACAAGAUGCAAGCCAAGGUUCUGCGAAAGUAGCCAUAGACAAAAGGAGAGCUCCAACUAACAGCCAAAGCAUAUCUUCUUCGGUCUAUGGUGAAAUCGAGAAGAGGAUAACAGAACUUCAAUUCCAGAAGUCGGGUAAGGAUCUCAGAGCUCUUAAACAUAUACUCGAAGCAAUGCAGAAAACAAGAGAGCGGUUAGAAGACAGAACGGAAGAGCCUAUACAAUGCACAUUACAGAGAAAAAGUAACAACCGAGUUCUUACCAUCAAGGGACAUUGCAAUCCAAAGCAAUUAGGCUCGUCCGUUCUAAUAAUCAAACCAGCCAAGGUGAUGGAAAACGUCAGAUUUCCAAUUCCAAAUAAGCAAGAAAUCCGGACACGAAACUCCAAGUAUUACUUGGAAAAUUCAGUUACCAGGCCAGAACCAAAAGUGCUCACAUCCAAGAACAAAAUAUUUUCUACGGACAAAAAGACUUCUCGGGGAGCUUCAGAACUAGAUGGAACUAUGGUGGGGUCUCGGCGCAAGAAGGUAGUGGUGAACCCAAGAUUGCAACAUGAUGUACUCAGGAUGGAACGACAAUCUCCACCCACCACCCCAUCACCAGACUCAGCCCAGGUAAAAAAUCGUAGCAGAAAGAAUCUUACGGAAAAAGAUUCUCGGAACAGAAAAUACAAAGUAAAACCAAAGGAUAUGCAGUUUAGUGAUGAGCACUUGGGUGAGCUUAGCAGUGAGACGAGGCAUUCGAGCUAUCAGCACGACACAGCUUCUGUAGCGUCAGAAAGCAACAACAGCCAAGUCUCACAGGCAGCAACAGAGGUUAUAGACCUGGUACAUUUAGUCAAUACAGAUGCUGCACAAAAAGAGAAUUCUGUGUCAAUGAUUAGAGAAGACAUGCCUGCAGUAGAACCAGUAACAACAAUUUCGGAACAACCAAGUCCAAUCUCAGUUCUUGAUAAUACAUUUUACAGUGAAGAUUCACCAUCUCCAGUGAAGAAGAUAUCAACGGUGUUUCAAGCAGACGAGACUGCAUGUCCAGAUGAAGCAGAAUGGCAUCUCGAGAAUCCAAAUCAUUUAACAAACUGCAAAAGACCAAAUCAUGCUCAUAUGGACAACCAUAAGUUGGAGAACUUCAGAAACUCAGUUCAAGAGCUUACAUUGUCGACCAAGCCUGGUGCAAUGGCUGUGGAUCACAAUGCACUAUUAUACCAGAGCCACAACCCAGAUCACAAAUAUAUCAACCGGAUACUACUGACAUCAGGACUCCUCAAAGGCCCGAGCAUCAUUUCACCUGCUGAUCAGCUCCUUUCCUCACGCCAUCUGAUAAACCCUAACAUGUUUCAUGUCCUCGAGCAAACAGAGGCAAUCAGCCCAAAGAGUGAUAUGAUACAGUUGAACAACAAAAGAAUAGAGAGAAAAAUUACUUUUGAUAUGGUGGAUGAAAUACUUGUCCGAAAGAUCACCUCAGGCGGAUUGUUUACAUCAGGGAACAAAAUGACUAGUCCACAGGUGCUGUUGAAAGAAGUGUAUAUCGAGAUGGACCGUGUUUGCAGGAUACAGGACUGCAGUCUUGAUGAUGAAGAAGAUGAAAUGAACAGACUCCUGACAGCAGACAUGAUGUAUCAAGAUGAUUGGGUGAGUUACGGUGGUGAGGUUCCAGCUUUAGUUUUGGACAUUGAGCGUCUGAUCUUUAAAGAUCUGAUAAAUGAGUUAGUCAUUGGUGAAGGUAUUGGCAGUCUUCGUGAUUGCCCGCUGCGGCAUUGCAGGAAGCUGUUUAGCAAGUAG